AGCGUUAGCAGCUAGCUUGUCUGUGGUCGUUGUGUUGUGAGGAGCAGCAGCAGCAUCAUCACAGCACAUCGGUGUGUUUGUGGCGUUAACCUGCGUCUGCAGACAUGCGGCUGUAAUGUCAGCGCCGUCUUCUCCGCAGUGCUGAAUACGUGUAUGGAUCUAAUGAUGAUGAAGAAGAAGAAGUUCAAGUUUAAGGUGGAUUUCGAGCUGGACGAGCUCUCGUCGGUUCCCUUUGUCAACGGCGUCCUCUUCUGUAAAGUCCGGCUGCUGGACGGCGGCUUCUCCGAGGAGUCUUCUCGGGAGUCGGUGCAGGCCAACUGUGUGCGAUGGAGGAAGCGCUUCUCUUUCCCCUGUAAGAUGAGUGCCAGCGCUGGAACCGGAGUCCUGGACCCCUGCGUGUGUCGCGUGUCUGUCAGAAAGGAGCUGAAGGGAGGGAAGACAUAUGCAAAGCUUGGCUUUGCAGAUCUGAAUUUAGCAGAGUUUGCCGGCUCAGGGAGCACGACCCGCAGAUGUUUGCUGGAAGGAUACGAUACCAAAAAUACUCGUCAGGAUAACUCCAUUCUGAAGGUCAUCAUCAGUACGCAGCUCAUGUCUGGCGAUCCCUGUUUUAAGACGCCUCCGUCCACAGCCACCGUGAUUGGGAUCCAGGGUGAGGGAGGCAGCCUUCUGGAGGAGAGGAGGGGUGGAGACGCACAGAAAGGCUCCUCUGCAGAAAGUCGAGAAGGGAAGUGUACAGUGGUUUCUGAUGAGCUGGGAGGCUGCGGCCACUCUCGAACAUCCAGCUACGCCAGCCAACAAUCCAAAGUCUCAGGCUACAGCACAGGUCACUCCCGCUCCUCUAGCAUGUCAGAGUUCAGCCACCGGAGGAACCAUUCAGUGGGCAGCGCCUCCACGGGCAUCGGCAGCAUCCCUGAACCCAACGAGGACCGAGACAGAGAGUCCAGACCCUGUCCUGCUCUGCCAGAACACCCAGUGCCCCCCGCCACCACUAGCAACCCACAAGGCACACCAGUACAGAGCGCCUCGUCCUGUGAACGACUCAACAGACACCCAGUGAAACAGGACUCCAUGGAGUCACAGCUCAAGAGAAUGGACGACACGAGGGUAGACGCUGAUGAUGUCGUGGAAAAAAUUCUCCAAAGCCAAGAUUUCACACCCAGCCUACUGGACUCGAGCGCUGAAGAGGAAGGACUGCGUCUGUUUGUCGGGCCUGGGGGAAGUACAGCCCUUGGAAGCCAUCGCCUUCACACCAGGGUUGGAGCUGGAGCGUACGAGCAGGUGGUAAUAAAGCGCUAGACCUUAGUAAUAGAGACACUUAUACAGGCGGUAUAAGUGUUUGUUUCAGUCUCCAUUCCUACAGCACAGUUGAAAUGUGACUGUUGUUGCAGCUAGUUGAUAGCUUUUAAAAGAUAUGAGAAGGUGGAAAGUUGAGACCUCAGUGAAAACAGAUCUGUGAAUCUGUGAAAACGCAAAAUGCACAGGAACUGUGCACUUCUCUGGGUGUAGAUCAAACGUGUUUAAGUUUAAUGUCAUCACCCAGUAUCCAAAUUCAGCCUAUUAUAAACUGUUAUGAACGGGGAAAAACAAUUAAAUGUGCUUUUCUAAUGAAGGAACAGAGGAAAGAGACGAAGGGAAGCCAUGUGCUCAAUACAUUCCUUUGGUCCCUCAGUGCUUGUUUUAGAUGUUCUCAUCAAUUAGGAUGUUCUGUUAAACAUUUACCUACAAGCUGCUCCAAAAAAAGUUUUUUUUUUGUUUUUUUUUUUAACGAAGAAGACAUUUUACUACAAAAACAAAGCAUUAGACUUGUGCUGGGUGUGUGUGUUCUGAGGCUACUUUUAUUCGUAGUAACAGUUUAUUGGCUUAAAUGUGUGGAUGAAUGAGACACGAGCCCUUGUCAGAAACAUUAUGUUCAGUCUUGCGUUUAACGUUUAUUCAGAGGUCUAUGUUCCUGUUAGUUUGAAAAAGUGAGGAUUAUUUUUAGAGAAUCCCAGUUGUAAACUGCCACCGCACCAAAAUGCAUUAAAAAAAAAACAUAAAUACAUAUUACACACACAUACUAAGUUACUUUUAUUCAACCAGCAAGUUGUUUUUAACCAAAAAUGACACAGGCUUCUCAAAAGAUAAGGCGAUGUACAAGAGGCAUCAUUGUGGAAAAAAGGUUACUCAUCUUUUAAUUGGGAGAGGAUUCAGCCUGAAAGGGUUGGAGCUCAUCGCUAAAGAUGAAUGGGAAAAUAUACCAGUGGAGACAUGCAUGAAGCCAGUUAGCAGUUAUAGGACACGUUUGAUCGCUGUAAUAGACAAUAAAGGUUUCUGCUGGUUGUGAAGCAAUGAAUAAUGUAGAAAAUGAAAAUUUUGUUCAAAUUUAAAUAAAAGACGAGCCAUUUUUCCACAAUGAUGACUUUUGUACAUCAUCCUAUUAUCUUUUGGGAUACACAAAUAUAACUACAUUAUUAAAGUACGUUAACCUUAAAUUAAAUUUUCAUUUAAAAUUAAAUUUGUGGAAAAUUUUGAAUUGUUUAAAUUAGUUACAUUUGCAUUUGUCCCCACUAACACUAAUCCACAGCCAUAUUCUGCAUUCUUUGGUAAAUGUAAAAUCAAUGUUACUAUCGUUUGGGUGAUACGUUACCAGUCUACAAGCUAAAACAUUAACUUAUUACAAACGCUCUGUGUGUAACACAAAUGCAGCCCAGCAUUUCUGUCGGUCAUGUCUGCUCUCUGCCGUUGUAGGACAGUAAAUACAAAGUGAAUGUCAGCUUCAAAAAGGCCAUAGCUCUAAGUGCGUGUGCUUCAGAUGCUGUUAGAACGUUGCUGCGUCUUGUUAAACUCACCUGUUGAGCAGGAGGCUUAUAUUAGUAAAUGACAUGUCAAGUUUAUUUUAGGAAGAGUAACAGUAAUACACUGCCAUGAUGAAUAUACAGAACCAGUAUCAGUAAGUAUAUAAACUCAAGCUUCUGUCAUUAAAAGCUCCAGAAUAUCGGAUAUAUUAAAAGCUACACCUAAACUAUACUCGGUAUAAAGCUGCUGAGUUAUUUAAUCCUGCACGUUGACUGUUUGCAUUUCUAGCCAAAUAGGAGAUUAGGUGCACAUUUGAUUAGACCCAACAAAUUAGUGACUAACCACCUGGGUUCCUGUCAGGUCUAUGCAUUAGUUGAUGAGAACAGACCGUCUUCAGCCUCCUGUCAUGAGCCAUAGUAAGACCUCUGUACAUUAUAUCAGUAAAUCACGUAUCGAUGUUUAACUAGACAACUGUGUUGUUUAUGUUCUGCAUGACUAAAAAUGUCUUUGUAGGUCUUCAUGACACAUGAAUACAUGACUUUAAUCAGAGUUUUGCCACAGUGAAGGAAGGAUUGAAUACUUUCAUUGAGCAUGUACAACAUCUGUUUGUUCUCACUGCAUCAUAAGAGCAGAUAUCUGCACAUCAGUGUAUAAGUGUAAAUCUGUUACCUUUGGUUUGUCCUGUGUUGAAAGGUAAAUCCGUACGCUAUUAAUGUCUGAAUCUUUUAUUGCUGAUAUUGUGCCAUAUUUUUGAUAAAUUAAUUGUUUUGGAGAAAUUAUGUUCUUAGUGAUGUUUAUGAUUUAAAGCUUACAAAUCUCAACUAUUGAAGAUUGUUUUCAUCUUUUUGUAUAAACCUCACUUUCACCUGUGUCUCACAGGUAUCUUGGUACCUAACAUGUUGUUACAAACAUGGUUGUUUCUUCUCUUCUGUGAAGCUGUAAAAUGAGUGAUGAUCUGUCCAGUGUUUCCUGUUAUAGACUUGCUCUUCUGACCAACAUUUGCUUCCUAACAAGUGUACUGGAUGCUUCACAUGUGUACCUUGCACUGUUAAAUAAAACUGUUUAAACUCCUU